GCACCUAGAACAGGGCUGGACUUUAUAUAUGUAUAAAUUUUGUGGAAUAAAUGAAUUGAGCAAAUGAGCCAUUACCAUGUAGGGAGGAAUGAGUAUAAAGUGAUAGUUUCUUAGGCUGAACCUAGCGUUGAACAAUAAUAAUAAAAAGUAACUCGCACCUUCAAAGGUAAGAUUUGUGGGCCACAUGCCAAAGCCAUAGGAUCUGGUGUAGUUUCACCAACAAGGACGGCCCUGUUUGGGUUUCAAAUUUAGAAUGGUAAAUAGAACAUUUCUUCUGCCUCAGCUUCAGACUUCUAAACUAUUCCUUCCCACCAAUUUAGAAGAAAUUCUAAGAAUCCAUAGCCGGAAUGUGGGUAGGCAGAAUGCUGGGAAUCAAGCCAAAUAUAAUACUGAAAAUGAAGGCCUUGCUAAUACUGGGAAGUUAAAUCCCAAAUUUAUGCAACAGUGUAUUUCUUGGGGAAACUUCACAGUUCACAUGAUUCUGUGACAUAUAGUUAUGAGGUGCCUGCCUGCCUGCUGGGUUUUUCCUCCGUUAAACCAUCUAUAUUCCUAGAGUUUUUCAAGUUUCAGAGUUUGACCUGACUCUCCCUCCCUUGUCUGGUUCUGACCAAUGAGCAUCAGGAAUAAUUACUGUAAGUCACCACUGCCUCCUCACUCAAGGCUCUGGGUGUUCUGGGGUCCAAAUCACCCAGCUGCAGGAAGGAGAGACCCCAGGAAAAAGGAUCACUGCAGACCCCAGGCUGUAGCCAUCACCAGUGGGUGGGUAGAGCAUUGCAGGGUGUGGGGCCUCACUCACUCACUCAACCCCCACCCGACAGAAGGAGACAACAGUCAGAGCCUGGUUCCCGCCCACACUCACCCCUCCAAGACUGAGGCUCAGCUGCCGUGGGCAAGGAGUUAAAGUCAGUGCUCAAUCACUUACAUGUCUGGGCUGUUUUUAUGUUUAUUUUUCUCUUAAUGAUUCUUGAUUUUCUACUUUGGCAGGUAUAAUUUUACAUUGAACACAUCUUUGGCAUGAAAAAGGGUGUCAUUUAACCAGAUGCUCCGCACCCCUGUAUUAAAUCAGGGAGUGGGCUUCUGCAAGAGUGAUGAGAAGCUGCCUUGGAGGGCCAGGACCCUGAGAUCUGGACUCGAGGUUACAAGAACCUUCCCCUCCUCUGGCGGCAGCUGUUACCUACUCAGCGUGUUCCAUGGCAGCAGCUGGAGGGGUCUUGGUGUGUUUCAGCCCUUGACAUCACUCCCUCCGUAUCACUCAAAGCAGAAUAACUCGGUGCCCUUAUCUGGAACAGCCAGGACCACCGCUGUGCUCAGCAGCAUUUUGUUCAAAAGGAAGCUGUCCACCUCUCAGGCCAUUCCCACAGCUCUACGGAUGCUGGGUCGGGAGGCUGUGUCCUUGUCCCCAGGAGCUCGGCCCAGUGGUAAGUCAUCUGUGUAUUCAUCCAGUUAUGACCAUACUGAUGGUUAGUGUGGUUUCACUUUUACAAACCCAUUUAUUAAUAUCCUUUGAGAAAAAGGCAUCUCAGCCUGUCACAGGAAGCUGCUUCAAGGGGUGAGCAGACUUUUUAAACAUACAGAAAUCAGGAUUUAUACCAAUUUCUUGAAAUUUACCCACAGUAGUUGGUUCUCUUUAAUUGUGUGUUUUCUUACAUAUUGUUUUCAAGUCGACAAGUCAUGUCUCUACCAAAAGAAGACUGUGUCAUGCCUGCUUCGUCUCCUGUGACCCCUAGAGCACAAAGAACAACUGAUCUGUGUGCUUUGAUGACCAGAUGGGGGUCACGGCUGCUCUGGGGAAGUGGGCAUGUGUGGAGAAAUGUUUAUUUUCUGAGAUGGAGUCCUACUCUGGCUAAAAUGAAGUGCCAGAAAAGGGACAUGGGGCUGUCUGGGCACUAGUCCUGCUUGCUGUUUCCUUUGGGGUAAUACAGCUGUAGGGAAGGAAAAAUAAUCUCCUGUUUCUCCGCAGGACAGCCUGAAGAUGGCUAAUUACACAGAGGCACCAGAGGAUGACUAUGAUGUCUUCAUAACGGAUGAUCCAAAGGACGGCAAGGCAAGGCAAUGUGACAAGUAUGAAGCCCAGGUCCUCUCAGCCCAGCUGGUGCCCCACCUCUACUCCCUGGUGUCCCUGGUCGGUCUUCUGGGCAAUAUCCUGCUUGUGCUUAUCCUGGUAAAAUGUAAAGGACUCAAACAUGUGGAAAAUAUCUAUUUUCUAAACUUGGCACUUUCUAACUUGUGUUUCUUGCUUACCCUGCCAUUCUGGGCUUAUGCGGCUUCCCACGGGGGCAGUAUUGGAGAGCCCAUCUGUACAAUUGUCAUUGGACUCUGUGCCAUAGGCCUGUAUGGUGAGGCACUUUUCAGCACCCUCCUUAUUGUGCAAAGAUAUCUGGUGUUUGUGCAGGUGCGAAGAUUUUGCUGGACCACCAAGACAGUGCCUUGCAGCAUCAUUACAAGUGUCCUGGCAUGGGUGAUAGUCAUUCUGAUCACUUUGCCCGAAUGCGUGUUUUAUAAACCUCAGAUGGACGGCCAGGUAUACAAGUGCACCUUUAGCAGACUUCCCCUCCUGCUGCUGGAUGAGACAUCCUGGAAGCAUAUUCAGACCCUAAAGAUGAACAUCUUAGUUGUUGUUUUCCCACUGUUGAUCUUGCUAUUUCUCUAUGUACGAAUGAGAAAAACACUAAGGGUCAGGGAGAGGCAUCGGGACCUUUUCAAGCUUGUUUUUGCCAUAGUGGUUGUCUUCCUUCUGAUGUGGGCACCCUACAAUGUUGCGCUCUUCCUGUCUGCUUUCAAAGAAAACUUCUCCCUGCAUGACUGCGAGAGCAGCUACAGCCUGGACAGAAGUGUUCAGAUAACAAGAAUUAUCGCCACCACUCACUGCUGCGUCAACCCUCUCCUCUGUGUGUUUCUCGACAAAGAGUUUAGGAAAAACCUCGGGCACCUUUUCCAUCUGCGUAUUAGCGCGGCACUUCAGCCCAAUGAGGCGUCUGCACAAGGUCCAUCAGGAGACGAUUCUGGCCAAUCCACCCAACUGUGAGGUGGCAUUCAUCAAUGGCAAGACAAGUAAAUGUUGAUUUUUGUCUCUUUGCAUUGUUUUGUGUUUUUUAUGCAGGUGUAUGUAAAAUAGGAUACAGGAAGGAGGGGAUGAGCAAACAUUUGCUAAGCACGGAAUUUGUCUCAGGCACAUGAGCGCCUUCCACUCUCCCUGCGUGUCUGGAGUGUGAUGGGAUUCCACGCAGAGUUCACACAACUCGAAAGGGACAGGACUGAGACACUAAUCCAGGUUCUGUUUGCUCCAGAAUGUGUGCUUUGUCCAGCAGGCCAAUAUUCCAAACAUUGGGCAACAA